AUGACAAGCUCUAAUAAAGGUCUUAUCUAUGGUCUAGCUGCAGUAGGUGCUUUAGUUGGUGGUGCUGUCCUUUUCCACAUCAUAACAAAUAAAUCAACUGCAAGCAGUGGUUCAAGACUUGCUGAAGACAUUGAUGCUCUCGGAACUCCUUAAAAGGAUGCAAGAGGAAUUUUGACUUUCCCAUAUUUCAAAGAUUUGAUGGGUGUUGUUUCAAAGCAUAGUAAAGAGAGAUUUGGCCAAGAAAAGAAAGAGUUGUUGGCUUAAAGAAGAGAGUUACUCAAAGAUCACAAGAUGGAUGAAUAUAAAGAGAAAGUGCAAGAUAUGAUGAGAAAGGAAGAGCAGAAUUUAUAGGAUAUUAUGAUGGAGGUAGUUGAUCAUAUUGGUCUAACAGAGCAGGAAUUUAUGUAUGCCAACCAAACAUACAUGUCAAACCCCUAAACUGCUUAAAUCAUCAUGCAAGCACAAGUUGCUCCUUCUGAAGAUUCAGCUCCAAAGCUUACCAGACAGAAAACUAAGGAAAUCUUUUUGUUCACUGAGGAAUAAAAGAUGCAGAAAAUGAAAUAAAUGAUGAGUUAAGGCAUGAAGAAAGCCAUGCUUGGAGGUGGAGGAAAUGCUCCAAGUGGCAUGGAUAAUAUGAUGGAAAUUAUGAUUCAACAAAUUCAACUUACUGAUGAAAUCUUCUUCAAAUACGGAGUAGACGAAGAAGAACUAAAUUCAUCGAUGCUUCAACAUAACUUGAUGCAUGAUCCCGAAAUUCAAAGAACAAUGAUGAUGAAUAUGCAAGUGCUUUAGUAGAUGGAUCCAGGAAUGAUGGGUGGAUACUGA